AUGUACAACUCCUACUACCAAUCAGUAGCCGCAAAUGGUGAACAAGUUAAAGGAGACAAGGUAGCAAGUGCGACAAAUGCUAAUCUUGCUGAAGAGUCCAGCAUUUCAGAAAAUCAGGCACAAUACCGUCGGAUGAACACACCACAGGCGAUGAACGCUGACGACGACGAAGUGGACUAUAGUUUCUCUCGCCUGUCAGUUCGAGAACGACGAAAGAUGUUUCAGACUGAUGAACCUAUGGUUAUCUCUCAGUAUGGAACUCUACCUCGUGGUCCAAUGAGUCGAAGUGUUCCUCGAUAUGACGGAAAGCCAGCUUCAGUUGCUUCUGUACCAACUCAAGACGUUACUUUUCGUAAAACACCGCUAAUGCGUCAAUCCUGUGGUGGUCAGAAUCAGGUAUCACCGCGUCGCAAUUCAAGCUUCGACUUUCGUCCACAAAGCGUCAUCUCCUCGCGCGCUGUUGAACUUCAAUCGGCCCAGAGAUCUUCGCUAGUGGAACCGUAUGUGCAACCAGUGUAUUUACCAUCUCGUCAAUCGCGUCCAAUCUAUCGGUCUCCACCAACUGUAAUUCAAGCUGGUGAUCAGCCAAUCCAUCCGCAAUCACCACAACCGGUUACGUAUGCAUCGCCAUCAAGAAUUGUACGAGGAAUGAGCCUCUCGGCGAGAACAAUGCCGAGGGAAGGCGAGACAUCGUCAAUGAUGUAUCGCGUUGUUCAGAGCCCAAGUCGUGUCUAUCCGCAAACCAUUGCUAUGAGUUACAGCUACCCCUCACCACUGCAACAGCAACAACCACCAGCACAGCUUUACGUGCCUCUUACAUCAGUGCAUCGCCGCACCGUAUCUACGCCUCAAUUUCCCCAGAAAUCUAUAACGAUUUAUCCCACCAUGCGUGAUCGGCAACCGGUAGAGGCACCACGUCAAGUCUAUCAACAAAUGGCCUCUCCACGGGCUUCUCAGCGCUCUGAUUGGACGGUGCUUCAGCCAACCAGAAUCACGCCCACUCAGGCCUCAGUCAAUCAAUCACGUCCGUCUCUGUUCGGUCCAAUGGGCCGGUCUAAUCAACAACAACCGCCACCACCACUGCCACACCAGGGUCGUAUAGCGACCCUACCAUCACGUCCACGACCCAGAGUGGUGAAUAGAAGGUCACCACAACAGGAUGAGGAGAGUGGAGUAACGGAGUUUUAG